CUCAGUGCGCUGAGAUGACGUCUAUUGUGUGCGCCCCGGGUACCGACCACCAACAUGCGGAAUGUGUUGACUUCAGCCAACGUGUGAAGUGAGAAAUUAGUAUUUAACUUCACUGUAGUUGACACAAAUAUUUACGUCUCGGCCUUCAACGUGAGCAAAAUGGCAAAUACCAACCUUCAAUUCAAAACAAAUUAUGCCGUUGAAAGCAAGAUCGAGCCGUUUUACAAAGGAGGGAAAGUGCAGAUCAGCAAAGAUGAAAAGUACAUCUUUUGCACUUGUGAAUCUCGUGUGAACGUUUUGGAGAUCAGCACAGGGAAGAUCGUCCACAGUGUUCAGCAUGAUGAUCAAGAGGACAUCACAUCGUUCGCACUCAGCUUUGAUGAUGAGAUGCUGGUAACAGCUAGCAGAGCGCUGUUGCUGAAGCAAUGGGAUUGGAGGGAAGCUCAGUGUACUCGCUCCUGGAGGGCCAUUCACACUGUUCCUGUGGCCAGCAUGACCUUUGACUCCACCUCUACCCUCCUGGCCACAGGCGGCUGUGAUGGUACUAUAAAGCUUUGGGAUGUGCUGAAGCAGUACUGCACCCACAACCUCAAAGGCUCAUCUGGCGUUGUUCACUUGGUCCAGUUCCACCCAGACAUCAGCAAGCUGCAGCUCUUCUCCUCCUCUCUGGACUGUGGCAUUCGGCUGUGGGACCUGCGCUCCAGUCAGUGUGUGUGCGUGCUGCAGAGCCACUACAGCGCCGUCACCUCCCUCAGUUUCACUCCUGACGGUGACACCAUGGUCAGUUCUGGCAGAGAUAAGAUCUGCACAGUGUGGGACCUGAAGACUCGAAAAGCCACGAGAACCGUUCCGGUCUACGAGACCGUGGAGGGUGUUGUGCUGCUGCCUGACGAUGAGGACUUGUCUGAUAUUGGAGUGACGAGCAAGAACUUGCAUUUCAUUACAGCAGGCAGCAAAGGUGUAUUGCGAGUGUGGGAAGCCAGCACAGCGCGGUGUGUCUACGCCCAAACCCUCAACUCGACCCUCGCUGCUGUCUCUGAGAAAGAGGAGGAAAAGGACGAUGACAACGACCACUGCAGCCUGACGUACCUCCUUCUCCUGCCAGCCUCUUCCAGACUGGCCACAGUCACUGCCGAUCACAACAUUGUCCUUUACCAGCUGCCUGCUCUCACCACACAGCAGCAGUUUGUGGGAUACAAUGAUGAAGUGCUGGACGUGAAGUUUUUGGGUAAAGGGGACAGCCACAUCGUGGUGGCAACAAACAGCUGCCAGCUGAAGGUGUUUGAGCUGCUCACCAACAGCUGCCAGAUCCUCUACGGACACACAGAUACCGUCCUGUCACUGGACGUGUUCAAAAAGGGUUUUGUCUUUGCGAGCUGUGCGAAGGACAGGUCAGUGCGGGUGUGGCAGAUGGACAGUGAUAGUGGUCGGGUGCACUGUGUGGCGCAUGGCUCCAACCACGCCAACGCCGUGGGCUCCAUCACCUGCUCCAGGAUGAAGGCAUCUUUUGUGGUGUCCGGCAGUCAGGAUUGUACCCUGAAGGUUUGGGAUCUACCAGCCGACUUGUCAACUACAGGCGGGGACCUACAUCACCUGACCCCCCGAGCCACGGAGAAGGCGCAUGACAAGGACGUGAACAGCGUGGCGGUGUCUCCCAACGACAAGCUGCUGGCAUCCGGGUCCCAGGAUCGCACGGCCAAGCUGUGGUCGCUGGAGGCCGCGGGGAGAGUGGGCAUGCUGGGCGUGUUCAGGGGCCACCGCCGCGGCGUCUGGGCCGUCUGCUUCUCUCCCAUCGACCAGGUGCUGGCCACGUCCUCCGCAGACGGUGCCGCCAAGCUGUGGGGCCUGCAGGACUUCAGCUGCCUCAAGACUUUUGAGGGUCACGACGCGUCUGUUUUGAAGGUCAUCUUUGUGAGCCGAGGCACUCAACUGCUCACCAGCGGCUCGGAUGGUUUAGUGAAGCUCUGGACCAUAAAGACCAAUGAGUGUGUUAAGACGCUGGAUGCCCACCAGGACAAAGUGUGGGGUCUCCACGGCAGCCGCAAAGAUGACAAGAUGGUGACGGGCUCAGCCGACUCUAACAUCACUUUGUGGAUGGAUGUGACUGAGGUGGAGCUGGCGGAGGAGCAGGCCAAGCAGGAGGAUCAGAUACUUAAGCAGCAGGAGUUGUCCAACCUGCUCCAUGAGAAGAAGUACCUGAAGGCCCUGGGUCUCGCCAUCUCACUGGACCAGCCGCGCACUGUGCUCACCGUGAUCAAAGCGAUCCGUCAGGUGCAGGACAGCCACAAGCUGUUGGAGAAGACGGUACUGAAGCUACGAGUUGAUCAGAAAGAGUCGCUCCUGCGCUACUGUGCUGUGUGGAACACCAACGCCAGAAACUGUCAGGAUGCCCAGGCCGUCCUGCAGGUGCUCCUCACACACCUGCCGCCCGAGGAGCUGCUGCAGUACCAGGGCGCCCGAACCCACCUGGAGGGGCUCAUUCCAUACACAGAGAGACACAUGCAGAGGAUCGGCAACCUGCUGCAGGCGUCCAUGUUCCUGAACUACAUGUGGCAGAAGAUGAGAGUGGCCGGAGCACCAUCCAGCAUGAACCGAGAUGAAGAAAUGGAUACCACGCCGCUGGCACAGCCGUUCUUAAUGAUUGACAAGGAGAAAGGAAUGGGAAGUGGUGGUGAGAAACGAGAUGCCGAUGACAGUGAUGGCGAACAGGAUGAAGAUCCAAACGACGCAGUUAAGGAAGACGAGGACGACGAGGAAGUCAGUGCCUCGAACAAAGCCUCCACCAACACCGGGUCUGUAGAAAACGGAGCGAGCCCCCAAACGGACGGCAACCACCACUGUGAAAGCGAGCAGAGCUCAGAAGAGGAAGACCCGGAAGAAGUGAACGUGAUGAAAUGUCUUCCAGUUCCUACCGCUCUAAAAUGCCAGACUUUUGCCAGCUGACGGGGAUCUAAGUGCCGUUAAUGAAUGACUCGCCUCCGAAGGGCUCGUCUUGUCAUGGACCAUCACACCCAAUGAGUGGCAGUUUAGGGUCAGACAGAGGUGUAGUGACCAUGUAACAGAUGAUUUGGGUUUAAAGAUUCUCUAUUGUGUUUGUAACUUGACUGCUUCAGGGGUUUUUUCCAUUCAGAAUUGAGAGCAAGCUAACCAGCCUUUAAACAGAGUGAACAUUAGGAAGGCAAGAAGGACUGAGCUCAAUAGAUAUUCAUGCAUUUGGCCUGAGAUCCUCAACUGCAGAUACCAGCCGCACCCGUUGUCUUGUUCUGCCGGUUAGGUUACUGCAUAAAAUGUCAUUCUAAGCAUACCUUUUUUUUUAUUCAAUAAGUAGAGCUAUAAACAUAUAAUUAACAUCUG